AUGGCGCUGCCCCCAGGCCCAGCUGCCCUCCCGCAUACACUGCUGCUCCUGCCAGCCCUUCUGAGCUCAGGUUGGGGGGAAUUGGCACCACAAAUUGAUGGUCAGACCUGGGCCGAGCGGGCACUUCGAGAAAACGAACGCCACGCCUUCACCUGCCGGGUGGCAGGGGGGCCUGGGACCCCCCGACUGGCCUGGUACCUGGACGGACAACUGCAGGAGGCCAGCACCUCAAGACUGCUGAGCGUGGGCGGUGAGGCCUUCUCUGGAGGCACCAGCACCUUCACUGUUACUGCCCAGAGGGCCCAGCAUGAGCUCAACUGCUCCUUGCAGGACCCGGGUAGUGGCCGGUCAGCCAAUGCCUCGGUCAUCCUCAAUGUGCAAUUUAAACCAGAGAUUGCCCAGGUUGGGGCCAAGUACCAGGAAGCUCAGGGCCCAGGCCUCCUGGUUGUCCUUUUUGCCCUGGUGCGUGCCAACCCACCUGCCAACGUGACCUGGAUCGACCAGGAUGGGCCGGUGACUGUCAACGCCUCCGACUUCCUGGUGCUGGAUGCCCAGAGCUACCCCUGGCUCACUAACCACACAGUGCAGCUGCAGCUCCGCAGCCUGGCACACAACCUGUCCGUGGUGGCCGCCAACGACGUGGGUGUCACCAGCGCCUCGCUUCCGGCCCCGGGGCUCCUGGCCACCCGAGUGGAAGUGCCGCUGCUGGGCAUCGUUGUGGCGGGAGGGCUUGCCCUGGGCACACUGGUGGGGUUCAGCACCUUGGUGGCCUGCCUGGUCUGCAGGAAAGAGAAGAAGACCAAAGGUCCCUCCCGGCGCCCGUCUCUGAUCUCUAGUGACUCCAACAACUUAAAACUCAACAACGUGCGCCUGCCACGGGAGAACAUGUCCCUCCCGUCCAACCUUCAGCUCAACGACCUCACUCCGGAUUCCAGAGAGAAACCAGCAGACCGGCAGAUGGCUCAGAACAGCAGCCGGCCAGAGCUGCUGGACCCGGAGCCUGGUGGCCUCCUUACCAGCCGAGGUACAGGGGCAUGGGCCCACGGCCCCCCUCCUCUCCUCCCCAGCCCUUGUGCUUAUGCCAGAGGCCUCUGGGUCUCCAAGCUUCCAGGCAGUGAUGCUUACUGA